AUGUAUAACGGAAUCGGUUUACCGACGGCCCGGGGCUCCGGGACGAACGGUUAUGUGCAGACAAACAAAAUUUUGGUGAGGUCGAAGAGCAACAAGGUGGUAAUCGAUGGCGGCGCGAGGGGUUUUGGGGCGGAUGAGGGAAGCGCCGGCAUGACGCGGAAGCCUAACAAGGAGAUUCUGGAGCACGAGCGUAAACGCCAGAUCCAGCUCAAGCUGCUCGUCCUCGAGGAGAAGCUCUCCGAGCAGGGAUACACCGAUGUGGAGAUCGCUGAGAAGUUAGAAGAGACUCGGAAAACCUUAGAGGCUGCCGCCGCGUUUCCUUUUGCUUCAUCAUCUGAAACACAAACCCACCAAAUUGCUGCCUUGAAGGAAAAACAGAUGGAGAAAUUGAAAGCAGCACUUGGGAUAGGAGCUGAAAAUGAGAAUCAAAAGAAACAGCCUCAUGCUACUCUCGAAUGA